AUGUUGAGAACAAAAUAUAUUUAUGAUAAAUUAGAUAGAGGAAGGUAUAAUUGUGAAUAUUAUAAAUUUUAUGAAGAAUCAAAAAAUAUAUUAGAAAGAAAUAAGGUACUUAAGGAUGAUUCCGAUAAAAUUCUAAGAGGUUUAUGUUAUGUAUAUAGUAACAGUUUGUCAGGUACCUUAGAAAGCAAUAUGAGAUAUAUUAUUAAAAAAAAAAAGAAAAAUAUUUUCUUUCAAGAUGUUAUUUCUGAACUUUUCAAUGCAUUAAAAAAAGAUGAAAGAAAAAUUUGUUUAGUCCUUCCUUAUUACUUCGAUCAGAAUAAUUUUGAAAAUGUUAAAUUAUUUUUUGAUUAUUCUGAAGAUUAUUAUACCUAUAAAAAACAAAUUACUUAUAACAACAUGCCAUGUAAUAAAAAUUAUAUGGAAUACCUUAAAAAAUAUGUAGACACUUAUAAAAAGUUUCAAGGAAAAUGCCUAAAUAAACAAUCUCCUUAUACAUAUUGUGAUGUAUUUAAUGAAUGUUUUGCUGAAAAGAAUUCAAAUCUUUUAUCUAAGUGGACAUGUAAUUUAGAAGAUAAAAAGCCAGAAGCAAGAGAAUUAUAUGGUGAAACAAAACAUCUGAAAACAACAUUCACCAACUCAUGGAAUGGAGGGACUAAAUGUAACAUUAAAUGGAGGAACUGA